CUCCUCCGCCGCGCCGCCUCCCGUUCCGUCCGCUCCAAGUCCACCCCACGCUAGUACGAACGGGUCCUUUGUCCUCUCCCCACUCCCCUCCUUCCGGCCCCAAACCAACAUCGGCGCAACGCGCAAGAGCGGCCAUCGAAAGCCUUGGCCCUUAAGCUUUGCCGCACCCCCCCCCCCCCCACCCCCCCGCAUCGCCGGGAUUUCGAAUUUCCCCUGCCUCGAAAGGGGAAAAUCCUGGUCUUUUCUCUUCUCUCUCGGGCGAGUUGGCGGCGGCGGCGGGGAUCGCGAUGGGCGCCGCGCGGGAGGAGGGCGGCGAGGGGUACCGGUCGUGGUACCUGAGCCGGGAGGAGAUCGAGCGCGACUCGCCGUCGCGGCGGGACGGCGUCGGCGCGGCCAAGGAGGCCGGGCUCCGGGCCACCUACUGCUCCUUCAUCCGCGACGUCUGCCUCAGGCUCCAAUUGCCGCAGAUUACAAUCGCCACGGCGAUCCUGCUCUGCCACCGCUUCUACCUCCGUCAAUCCCAUGCUAAGAACGAGUGGCAGACUAUUGCAACUGUUUGCAUAUUUCUUGCUUCAAAGAUUGAAGACACACCUUGCUCAUUAAAAAGUGUAGUCAUUGUGGCAUAUGAAACAAUGUAUCGGAAAAACACUGAUGCUGCUAAGAGAAUUCACCAGGAGGAAGUUCUUGCUAAGCAGAAAUCCCUGAUUUUGGUCGGGGAGACACUAUUGCUUUCAACCAUUAGGUUCGAUUUCAAUAUACUUCAUCCUUACGAACCACUAAAGCUUGCUCUGAACAAUCUGGGGAUCUCCCAGAAGGAAGUGAGGCAAGGUGCCAUGAGUAUCGUUAAUGAUACGCUUCCGACUACAUUAGUUGUGCAGUUCAAACCACACUUCAUUGCUGCUGGAGCGCUCUUCCUUGCUGCUAAAUUUCAUAACCUCAUACUUCCUUCCCAAAAUGGUAGAGUAUGGUGGAAUGAGUUUGAUGUUGCACCAAAACAGUUGCAAGAUGUUAUACAACAAAUGACCGAGUUAUUUAGGAAAAGGGACCCACACUCAAUGGGUCCUGUUAUCAAGCCAGUGCCAACUUCUACUCCGACAGAUAAACAUCAGAUCAAUCCGACUCCAAAUUUAACUAUGUCUGAAACAAAUAAACAGCAGAUCAAGCCGGCUCCGACUCCGACGAAUAAACAGCAGAUCAAGCAGAUUCCAACUCCGACUCUGACAGAUAAACAUCAGAUCAAGCCAUCUCCAGUGCCAACUCCGAUGGAUAAACAACACAUCAAGCUGACUCCAAUUCCAACUACAAUGUAUAAACAGAAAAUCAAGGCGAUUCCAGCUCCAACUCCAAUGGAUAAACAGCAGAUAAUAAGCACUCCAGAUCCUCCUCUAAGGCAUACACAAUGUUCAAGGAGAAGUUCUAGCAAUUGCAAUACAGAAGCUUGUGGAUACGUGCCUUUGGGCAGUUCAUUUGAUGCCAAGUCCACCGUCAGUUCAGCAAGGUACGAAGAGAAUCAGUGUCUGCGAAGGUAUCAGCGAAAACACACAAAUUACAACUUGGAUCAGAGGUUAGGGGAGCAAUCUUACCAGGGCAUUCUGAAGACUGCUCGUGUUAAUGAAGCAGGAAUCAAGUCAUUUGACAAGAAGUCUACCAGCAGGCCGGCAAGACGAACAUUUGAAGAGAUUUCAGAUCAGCGAAGACACAUAAAUCAUAACUUAGAUGCUGUUGAUACAGAUCAGAGGUUAGAUGAACGAUCUUGCUGGGGGGCUCUGAAGGCUGACUGUGUUAAUGAAGCAGGAAUCAGGGACUUGAAGAAAAGAAGAGUUCAAGAGGUCACAGAGCUGCAAACUGUUCAUACAUCUGAUACAAAUGCUUGGAGGUUUGAGAGGCGAGUUAGCUAUUUGAAACAAAUUCAUCUUGGAAGAAACAGAAGGUAGUGAGAAGAUAUAUCAUAUAAUUUUCUUUUUAUUUGGUAAAGACUGGGUUGUCUGCUAGACUGCUAAGUGAGACAAUGAUGUCUUCAAACAUAAGAUGUGGACGGUCUGUAAAUUAAGUUACUCGUGCACAUCAAAUGCACCCAGCUUGCAGUGAAAUGCCAACAAAUAUUUCUGUUCUUGUUGGUGCGAAUGUAUAUAGAUGAAAAUUGCAGAUUCCGGACUCUAAUGUCAUUCUUUUUUUUUAAUAACUGAGGUGUACGGCUGAAACAAAUUUUGUAGACCAUGCUUCGACCUGUAUAUAAUUUUUUGUAGCAAUGUUCAUAUGUCUGUUAGAUUGCUGUCACCUCGUAGUUUGAGGUCGGUGUCCCAAUACUGUAUACUCUGUGAGAUCAUCAAGGCCACAUACUUGUCUA